UCUCUUUUACCAGUCCAGGCGCUCCAAACUUUCGGAGCGCACCGCGGAAACUCUCCAAAGAGUUUGCAGCAGCAGCAGCAGCAGCAGCAGCAGCAGCAGCAGCUCCUGCCUCAGGGAGCAACAGUUUGGGCUUUUUUUGUUUUGUUUUGUUUUGUUUCGUUUUGUUUUUUAAAAGACAGACUUAACUCAACUGCAGCCGCGGAGAGCAGUCGGGAAUGUCGAAGGGGCGGAAUGGUCCUCCAGCCGAGCGGCACAUGUGAGCCAAGAGGCCACCGGUAACGUUUUUUUUUUUUUCCCCUUUUUCACUUCAAGAGGAGAGGGCAGUGAGAAGAGAGCAGACUGAAACGUGUCUGAGAGCUCACUGUAAAGAAGUGUCCUGUCACCUCGACACGAUGGUCUGUCUGCCGGGAUUCAGCUGGGUCUUCCUGAGCGCCCUCCUGCACACUGCGGCACCCUGGGGCGCACAUCGACCGGACAGACCGAGGCAGUGCGACCCACCAAAGUCGCAAAGCGACAUGAACUCUUUCCUGUGGCGAGUACAGCGUGCGCCUCCUCACCCUCCUUCUUACUUAUUCGGUACCAUCCACGUGCCCUACACCCGGGUCUGGGACUUCAUCCCCGACAUCUCCAAGCAGGCCUUCCACAACAGCCGCAAUGUUUUCUUUGAGCUCGACCUGACCGACCCUCUCACCAUCUCCAAGCUGACCAGCUGCCAGCUGCUGCCCCACGGCGAGAACCUGCAGAUGCUGCUACCUCGGGACCUGUACCGCCGCCUCAAACGCCACCUGGACUACGUCAAACACAUGAUGCCCUACUGGAUGACUGCCGACCAGCGUGGCCGCGGCCUGUACGCUGACUACCUGUUCAACGCCAUCGCUGGAAACUGGGAGAGGAAGAGGCCGGUGUGGGUGAUGCUGAUGGUCAACUCGUUGACGGAGUGGGACGUCCGGUCCAGGGGGACGCCGGUGCUGGACCUGUUCUUGGCUCAAGAGGCUGAGAGGAUGGGGAAGAUCACGGGGGCGGUGGAGCGGGUGGAGGAGCAGUGUCACCCUCUCAACGGGCUCAACUUCUCCCAGGUGCUGUUUGCCUUGAACCAGACGCUGCUGCAGCACGAGGGCGUCCGAGCGGGCAGCCUGCAAGGCUCGUACACCACCGAAGACCUCAUUACCCACUACAACUGUGGAGACCUCAGCUCCAUCAUCUUCAACCACGACACCUCACAGCUGCCUCACUUCAUCAACAGCUCCCUGCCAGCCCACGACCGCCUGACGGCCCUGCAGAUCGACAGCUACUUCCGCCAGGAGCUCAUCUACAAACGCAACGAGCGAAUGGCUCGCCGUGUGUCCGCCUUGCUGCAGAGAAACCCCAACCAGACAUACUUUUUCGCUUUUGGUGCAGGUCACUUCCUGGGGAACCACAGUGUGCUGGACAUCCUGAGGCAGGAAGGCUACGAGAUCGUCCACAUGCCCCCCGAUUACCAGGAGCCAGUCAAAGAGAGUAAGCCUGCUGGAGAGCCUGCAGCAAGUUCCAGCGAGGAGGACACUGACCCAUCUCCCACCAGCUGGCUGACCAGUUUACCAGAGAUGGAGCUGGAUCUGGAGGACCCGGACAACAUGCCCGACCUCGGAGACGAGGAGCUGCCCCACAUGCUGCUGCCCGACAGCCUGAGCCAGCUAGAGGAGUUCGGACGACACAAACGGCCUCGCAAAGUCCACCGCGGCCAUGGCCGACCUCGACUCUUCAGCGACCUGUGGGUUCGCAUGGGAUCAGAUAGCACUACGCCACCACCCAAUGUGAGGAUAAUCAAUGGCUACGUGACAGUGGACCCUCCGCUGACCCAUCAGGAGCAGCGCAGACGGAUGGAGAUCUACACCACAGAGCGGCACCACAUUCCUCCGGCCUCCACUCCGCCUAACUCCAGCUCAGCCCGGCUGGUUUUGGUCCACAGCUCGCUCACGCUGUCUUGUAUUUUAGCCUGGCUGCUAUCACACAUGCUCUUCACCUCCUGACCGCAAGACAGCGUUAUCUCACAGACAGACACUGCAGACACCUCUGCAUCCACACAAGAGCAGUGGAAUGUACCUGAUAAACAAGGAAUGGCCGUCAGCACAUACAGAAAAGAGGUGGGGGACAAGACGUCCUGAGGCAGGACAAUCCUGCUGUCGGCCUCCACCUACAGGGCGGGGUCUGCUCCAGCCUGUCCUUACAAACUUGUCACUUCUCAAAAUGUCUGGAAUAAGCUCUCAGCCGUGACACAAAGCAAAGAGCAGACUGCGCUGCGCUCUGAGAGGGUGGAGUCUUCAAACCUCAUCAAAGUAUUACAGUAGAAUAACGGGACACAUAGCACAGUGAAGACCUCUACAUGUUGAAGAGUGUGUGUGGUGGAAUCCUCGACCUAAUAAAAAAACUGUAAUACUGUAUAGAAAAAUAAAAGACUGACAUUAACAAUGAGAAUAGAACAUACUAAUAACAGUUGUAACUCUGUGAUAAAUGAGUUGAAUGCAUACAGUCUGACAGUACUGCAUAGGAGGUGGAGCGCUCGGCUGCCACUUUUUGUAAAUUGUGCAUUUUGUUCAUAAAGAAAUAUUGUAUAUUUAUUAUUUCUGGAAGAAAAGAGUAUAUUUUCUUGCUUUUUGAGGAUGAAUGAAUAAAAAUAAAC